AUGGCAAUGUUGAUCAAUGACUUCGUUGGCCCUGUCAAGAAAGAAAAGCUGCGGCAUGGACCAGGCGAGGGCGCACCUUUCCUGAGACUUGGCCUCCGUGUGCACGGGCUUCCACCGGAAGCUGCGGUGGGUGCUGUGGUGGGUGCUGCGGCGGGAGCUGCGGCGGGAGCUGCAGUGGGUGCUGUGGUGGGUGCUGUGGCGAGCGCUGUGGUGGGUGCUGUGGUGGGUGCUGUGGCGGGUGCUGUGGCGGGUGCUGUGGCGGGAGCUGUGGCGGAGGCUGCGGGUGUGCCGAAGACGGGCCGUGCUUUGCAACCUGGUGCGGAUGAAGAAUGUGCGGGUUGUGGGCGCUUGGACGAUGAGUCUGCGGAACUGCCGCGUGAUGAGCAGCGCAAUGCUGCGGCACUGCAUGGUGUGCUGCGUGUGCCCCAGCAGCUCUUUGUUGCAAUUGCUGGCCAGAGCUGGGCUGGGCAUGUGCGUGUGGGGGUGCAACAGCAGCUGGCUGCUUUGCAAAGGCAGGUUGUCUGCGCAAAGUAUCCGGCUGGGGAGGGUGAGGCUGCAGCUUGUCGUGCUGUAAGCGCUCCUGAGGCCUCAACUGUCCAG